UACAUCUGGAAUUACAAUGAUUUGUUUUGGGUAGAGUAAUUCGCGAACGUUUUGUCGAGAAAAAUUACACUCAAAGAUGGAUUCGAUAGCGGUACAGAAACAUGAACUACCUCCAACUAAUCAGAAACGCAUGAUAGCGUUCAUCAAUCACUUCAUCGUGAGCACGGUAACUUUCUUGAAUAAAUUUGCGUCGGACUGUGAAACGAGAUUCGUCGAGUACGAGCAUAAAAUGCAAAACCUAGAAGCUUCGUUGAUGAUAGUAGAGGCAAAACUAGCGUCUAUCGAUGUGCUAAAGAAACCACCAAGCAAUCCCGCCGUACCGGAUCAAUCGCAAACCGAAAGUGUACCAAAGACUGGGGAAGGUGUCCACGAUGCGGAUGUUAGCGAAACACAAAUGGAAGCACCCUCACCACCGACUGAAACCGUGCAACGAGAUCCACAGUACGAUUUGUACUUUAAAAUGCUUCAUCUCGGUGUUCCCCUGGAGGCAGUGAAGAACAAAAUCACUAUUGAAGGAUUGGAUCCGAAUUAUAUCGAUCAAUUUUUAUAAUAAUAAACUAUACACCACUCCUUAACGAGCGAGGCUCUACGU